UAUGAGCAGGAGGUGUGGUUCUUUCUCCACUAAACAAUUUGCUACAUUAAGCCACGUGCUUUCUGUGUAAAUCACAUGCUGGUGGACCUGCCGUUUGGAGGAAGGAGGACUCGUCCACUUUAUCAGAAGGUUCACACACUUUUGAGGUCCUAAAGCAGACUGUGCCAUGGAUCACGUGCUGAACAUUGCUGACAAUUACAUCUGGACUCCGUAUGUUUACCCGGCCUCGUGGCCCGAGGACUGGGCUCCGCGUCAGAUAAUCAGCCUGUGGGUGUUGACCAACCUGGGAGCAUUGCUGAUUUACCUGGGCUUCGGUGCUAUUAGCUUCUACUACGUGUUUGACCAUAAGCUCAUGAAACAUCCACAGUUUAUCGAGAACCAGGUAAGAAAAGAGAUUCAACUAGGAAUAGCCUCCAUCUUCUGGAUGAGCUUCCCCACUGUCGUCCUUUUCUUCGUGGAGAUCAAGGGACACAGCCAACUUUAUGACAACAUCAGCGAAUCUUCUCUGGGCUGGCCUGGGGUGUACCUGAGUAUUGCUGGUUUCUUGUUCUUUACGGACAUGUGUAUCUACUGGAUACACCGUUCCAUGCACCAUAGGAGCAUUUACAAGCACUUCCAUAAGCAGCACCAUAUAUUCAAGAUCCCUUCGCCUUUUGCCAGCCAUGCCUUCCACCCACUCGACGGCUUCCUGCAGAGCUUACCCUAUCACGUCUACCCAUUCAUCUUCCCCCUCCACAAGGUGGUCUACCUCUCACUAUUUGUCUUUGUCAACAUCUGGACCAUUUCCAUACAUGAUGGGGACUACCGCAUCCCAGGCCCCCUGAUAUGUCUGAUCAAUGGUGCUGCUCACCACGUAGACCAUCAUCUCUUCUUCAACUACAACUAUGGACAAUACUUUACACUCUGGGACCAUCUAGGGGGCUCCUACCGACACCCCUCAGCCCUGCUGGGUAGGGGGCCACAUGACCACAUUCGCAAGCUCAUGGCAGAGGCUGCAUGCACACAGUGAUGAUGGAGCUACAGCCAGGACUUUCUUUUCUGGUUUAAACCUCUCAGGGAGGUUCCUACAGAGGUGCUCAGCCUGGGUCACGACGGAAGAGACAAUCGCAUCAGAUGAAAAAACCAGCCAUCAAAAGCAGAAAUGAGAAGAAAAAAAAAACACAUUUUUAGUAAGCAAAGAAAAAUAGAAUAUACUUUUACACAGAGCACACACACAGUAUCUGUGUGAAUGUCCACUGUCCUCCUCACUUUCUGGAUUCAACACAAAAAAAACACAGGACAAUUGGAAGUGACUCUUUUCCAUUGAUGUUAUUACAAAGUUGUUAUUUAAUAUUCAUAAAGACUACAAUAUAAACCCAAUACCAAUGCGAAAUACAUGUAUGCACAAAUUCUGCUUAGCUGAAAGUGGAACAUCCUGCAAAUCCUUCAAAAGACACAAUACAAUGCAAAGAGAAGGUGAAUAACAUGUCUGAAUCCGGUGUCCUUGUGCAUGUGUUUUUCUGUCUUACAGUUAGUCUUUAUUAGUCCAGAUUAGUCUUUCAGCUGCCGGUGCUCGGUGUGUUUUCAUGCAGGCUCUGCAGGGCGAGGUCUGUCCACUUCAUCUCUUGUUCUUUCACAGACUCUGUGGAGCCUCCGUUGUCCUGCUCAGCCUCAGGCAACUCGCUCUGCCAGAGAACAGGGGAGACAAGAUGCCAUGAAAAAGAGGAGCAGUUCACUCUACUUUCUAUCGACAGUAGGACGGUGUCAAGUCAAAAACGCUACAUUUUGAAACAAAAGAUGAAUCUAAAUAAAAAAUAAAUAGGAACAUUUUCUGUCAGAGGUUAAGGCAGGAGCUAAUGGUUGCUCUGCUCAUUAUUGACACAACUACUAAGCACGUAGACAACUAAUCUAUUAGUGAGUGUCCGAUAGCUUCAAAUAUGUUGUUAGCCUAAAAGAGGACUACUGUUAGUCUGCCACUAGAUUUGAACAAGAAAAUAGAGCUUCCUUUUCUCACCAUCAUCAAAGCUGCAUGCUCUCUGUUUUGGAGAUUUGUGAGCCUGGCAUUCCAACUGACAACAGAUCAAAUUGCAAUGGAUUUCACGUAGGAAAAAUGUCACCAAGGGUUCAAAAUUAACCAGCCAAAUGGCAAGUGAAUGUUCCAAUUUUACCAGACACUUCAUAGAGUAGGAUACAAUUGUUUUUUUUUUUGGCUGGUGAGUG